GAUUUAGCAGCAAUAGGACUAGAUAAUGAAACAUUAAUGAAAACGCCACACCAGACGGUACUGUAGGGUUUUAUGGUCCACGCUACCUACUGUACUUAGUGGGCGGGGCGACUGUUUGUAGUCUUUUAGACAUGUCAACAACAUGCCGGAGUCCAGAAGUGAGGCAGAGACAGACGAGAAAGGAGAAACACAGUCUAAAAAUAUAAUUUCAGUAAUUUCUCAGUUCGCUGACGAUAAUUUAACCAUUGUCCGGAACAUCAGUACUGGACUAGCAAUUGCCGGUGUAAUAGUAAUAUCAAGGAGUAUUAAAUUGAUCACUAGGUUUGGAUUAGCCUCCGAGAUCCCAGCGAGGUUCAUAGAGAAGAAUGUGAGCCUCAGAGGGAGAGUCCAGACCAUCACAGAGACUGGACUGGAGGUGGAGCACAUCCCCAUCUACAUCCCUGUCCUCUCUCCCCUGUUGGCUAAAGGUAUGGAAGACCCCCUACCUGCUAAAGGUAUGGAAAACCCCCUGUUGGCUAAAGGUAUGGAGGACCCCCUUUUGACUAAAGGUAUGGAAGAUCCCCUACCUGCUAAAGGUAUGGAAGACCCCCUGUUGGCUAAAGGUAUGGAAGAUCCCCUACCUGCUAAAGGUAUGGAAGACCCCCCUUUGACUAAAGGUAUGGAAGACCCCCUUUUGACUAAAGGUAUGGUAGACCCCCUACUGGCUAAAGGUAUGGAAGAUCCCCUGUCGGCUAAAGGUAUGGAAGAUCACCUACCUGCUAAAAGUAUGGAAGACCCCCUGUUGGCUUUUUUAGGACACAGGCUUGACCUCUGCCCACAGGUGUACAGGCUUGACCUCUGCCCACAGGUGUACAGGCUUGACCUCUGCCCACAGGUGUACAGGCUUGACCUCUGCCCACAGGUGUACAGGCUUGACCUCUGCCCACAGGUCUUCUCUCCUCAGGUGGUGGUCGUGUGUCUCACCUGGCAGGUCUUCUCUCCUCAGGUGUACCGUCUUCCUCCUCAGGUGGUGGAGUCUCACCUGACCCUCAGGGGGUCUCACCUGGCAGCCCGGGUCAAUAACUGUCUGUGUCUGUGGCUCAAACUGGUCAGCAGAGAGGAGGAGACACUGCACUGUCUGGUUUCUGUUAGCCGGGGGUCAUUGAGGAGUCUGUGUCUGAAUGAGGAGGUGUUGAGGUUGGGUCUGGCACGCACUGUCCCAGUCUCUGGACUCCACCCUCAGUCCCACCUUUACCUGCGGCUCCACCAACGGCUGCUCAAGGCAGAGGUCAAGGCCGAGCGGAAGGGGCGAGGCAUGUGGAAAGAGGAUAGCCUAUGGGAGAGGACCUCACAGGCUGUUUGGGACAACUCACUGGUCAGACUCAUCAGGAGGAUCUUCAAGUGGACGUGAUUGGUUGGUUGGUUGACUGACUGACUGCUUGACUGACUGAUUUCAAUUAGGCUUGAAAGUAUGUUGAUGAAUGUUGCAAGGCUCAGGCCCGUCUCUCUCAGGCCCGUCUCUCUCAGGCCCAGCUGUGUCGUUACGUGUCUGUGUUUGUGAAGUGGAUCAUCUAUUUGUCAGCUGAUUGCCCAGAGAUUUGCUCUCAAAAUAGAAAAUGGACAAUAUUCACAUGAUUAUCUGUACAAACAAUAUUUUCUCCUGUUCUUUACUAUCGGGGAAAAGUGUGAAACGAUGUCUCAAACGAAUGGGGGUAUCGACAAAAUCGUAGACAUGGGACAAAAAUUUUUUGGGGACCCACUUGCUUAUUAAAGUUGAUAUAUAUCGGUGGAGAUUAAACACACUGACACGGCAAUGACAAGACAGAAUAGAAACCAGUCUACUUACAGUUGGUGUUCCCCUUCGUGGGUCAGAAUAUGUUGAUGUUUCAUUAGAUCAUUUAAAGAAACUUGGCUGUCAGAAAUCCACAUAUCUACAUCAAACGCAUUUUGAUUUGUGAAAUAAAUAUGCAUUGGUUAAUUCA